CGUUGUCUGACCGUAACGUAACUAAAAGCCCUUUGUCUGGCCCUUUGGGUAAUCAGACGUAUUGUUUUGAAUUGUUUUUUCACCCAUUGCCGGCACAAUUUCUCUCCUUUGUUAUUCUUUGUCGAUAAUUCUUCGACUGGACGCCAAAAGUGAAAAUGUUGCUAAAGCGAUUAAUGUCGGCUUCGAUUCAAAAUGUUCGCCAUGUAACGUAUGUACAGGGCCAGUCGCCAGCAUCAAAGAUACGUGAAUACUUCUACUACAUCGAUCACGAAGGAAUGCUGUUUUUAGAUGAUGCAAGGAUAAAAAAUUUCACCUCCUGCUUCAAAGAAAAACAAUUUUUGGAGUUCUUUUUCAAACGAUUGAAGAUCAAUGAUACGGAUCGGUAUCAGGACGAGUUUCCGUUUCUAUCCAUUUGUGGUCGGGAAAGGAACUUUAUUCGUUGCGAUGAUCUUCCAAUUGUUUUCACACAUGUCAUUCAAGCGGAUGGUACCGAUGAUAGAAUAGCUUACGCUCAUGCCGGUGAUAAAAUGAGUGUAGCAUGGCAGCCUGAUCGUAUCUGCAUGUUUCCGGACACUGGAAGAGUGUACCAUCCGGCACCGGAGCGGUACGGUGCCAUAGGAUUAGUCCGCUCAAAGCUGGCCAUUGAGCUGAGUUCUUCAUUUACAUUCCAAAAUGGUGAAGAUCGGCCACCGACACACUUUCGGUGGCACGCGAAAGAUUACGAGCUAGAUCAGCACUGGUGGAAGGAUACGUACAUAGGAAAUAGAUCGUCACAACCAGUUCGCUGCUAGCAAACUUUCGCUGCUAGCAAAGCCUAUCAAUUGUUGUAGUUACAAUGUAGAGAAACAUGUUUUAUUAAAAUUUUCCGCGGGAAAAUUUGCAAACUCUUUGUGAUAAUCUCAGGCAAUUGUUUGAAAAUGUUUACUAAGCUUUAUCUUCCGGGUUUAUUGCGGCUUGCUCCACGUAAGAAUUGUA